AUGGCGAUCCCCAACUACACCUACCUCAAGUUGAAGAUGCCGGGCCUGAAGGGUGUCAUCACCGUCGGCUCCUCGUUCGAGCACACCUACGAGUGCGACAUCGAGUGUGUCGAGCACGCCGAGGCUUUGGCUGUGGAAGAGGCCCUCGCCGCAGACCUGCAGAGGAUGGCCAACGAGGCCAUGGACUCCAAGCAGCGACACGCGGGUAGCUUCGAGGCUGCCGAGGGUGCCAAGGACAUCCCCCUCAACCCGAACACCCCCGACGGCAAGGCGCUGAAGAUCAGCGCUACCCUCGACAGCAAAUAG